UGCCUCCAGCUCCUUAAGAGCCACCCAGCCCCAGCGAUCGGAUUGGGCAGCCCGCCUUGACACACCACUGUGCUGAGUGCUUGAGGACGUGUUUCAACAGAUGGUUGGGGUUAGUGUGUGUCAUCACACUCGAGUGGGGAUUAGGGCAGAGAGGCAGCCCGGCUGGAGCUGUGUGGUCUUCCCUAAGUGGGAGCUGCGAGCAAAAGAAGAACCACCUAGCUUUGGGGGAGAAGAGAGAGGAAUCCUCUCCAGCAGCUCAGAGGGGAAAAUAAAAACCCCACACUUUAUUCAGAGCAACAACCUGAUUUGUUUCUUCGCGCUGUAACAGAUCUUCACACUGACUCGCACAUACCUGUGUGCCUAUGAGUUACUGGCCUCCUACUUGUGAAGCAAAUCUCACACUCUCCUCACCACUUACAGCCUGUCUGUGAGAAGCCCAUAAGCCAGCUUCAGCACGCAGUGCUUCAGCCAUCCAAGCAGAAUAAGCCAGAAAAAAAAGACUGAUCUGGGGAAGAGUGGAAAAACAAUGACAAUAUAUCUUUCUUGCAUAAGACAAAGGUAUUGCCUACAAUAAAUUCACUGAGCAAGAAAUACAGACUUCUGUCCAGUGCUAUGAAAAUUAACCAAGGCACAUUAACUUCAGGAAAUCUUCAAAGGGCUCCUCCUACAGAUGUUCUGAACACGUCUGCAUCCCAGCAAUUUUGUACUGUGCCCAGGUCUUGAAAACUAGAGUUCAGGCACUUCUGGAUUGUUUUUUUCAUUGAAAUACUGGAAAUACUAUGAAGACCUCUUGGUUUGCACUCCUCUUGGCAGUGCUCAGUACUGAACUGCUGACAAGUCAUUCUUCCACUCUCAAAUCCCUGAGGUUCAGAGGCCGUGUGCAGCAGGAGCGAAAAAAUAUCAGACCAAAUAUCAUCCUUGUGCUCACGGAUGACCAAGACGUGGAGCUAGGGUCCUUACAAGUCAUGAACAAAACCAGACGGAUUAUGGAGAAUGGAGGGGCAUCCUUCAUCAAUGCCUUCGUAACCACCCCAAUGUGCUGCCCAUCGCGUUCCUCCAUGCUGACUGGAAAGUAUGUGCACAACCACAACAUAUACACCAACAAUGAAAACUGCUCUUCUCCCUCCUGGCAGGCCACUCAUGAGCCACGCACUUUCGCCGUGUAUUUGAAUAACACUGGGUAUCGAACAGCUUUUUUUGGGAAAUACCUCAAUGAAUACAAUGGCAGCUACAUCCCUCCUGGGUGGAGAGAGUGGGUUGGAUUAGUGAAGAACUCUCGCUUCUAUAAUUACACGAUUUCUCGCAAUGGUAACAAAGAGAAGCAUGGAUUUGAUUAUGCAAAGGACUACUUCACAGACCUAAUCACUAAUGAGAGCAUUAAUUACUUCAGAAUGUCCAAGAGGAUAUAUCCUCAUAGGCCCAUAAUGAUGGUCAUCAGCCACGCUGCGCCUCAUGGCCCCGAGGAUUCGGCCCCGCAGUUCUCAGAGCUGUACCCCAACGCUUCGCAGCAUAUCACCCCCAGCUAUAACUACGCACCAAACAUGGAUAAGCACUGGAUCAUGCAGUACACGGGGCCCAUGCUGCCUAUCCACAUGGAGUUCACAAACGUCUUGCAACGCAAGAGACUUCAGACCCUGAUGUCAGUUGAUGACUCUAUGGAAAGAUUAUACCAAAUGCUUGCAGAAAUGGGAGAGCUGGAGAAUACUUACAUUAUUUACACUGCUGACCAUGGUUACCAUAUUGGGCAGUUUGGACUGGUCAAGGGGAAGUCAAUGCCAUAUGACUUCGAUAUUCGAGUUCCUUUCUUUAUUCGUGGGCCAAGUGUAGAGCCAGGAUCAGUAGUACCUCAGAUAGUUCUGAAUAUUGAUCUUGCACCAACAAUUCUGGAUAUUGCAGGACUUGACACACCUCCAGAUAUGGAUGGCAAAUCUGUCCUAAAGCUUCUAGACUUGGAGAGACCAGGAAAUAGGUUUCGAACAAACAAGAAGACCAAAAUCUGGCGUGACACAUUCCUGGUGGAAAGAGGCAAAUUUCUUCGCAAGAAAGAGGAAGCUAAUAAAAACACUCAGCAAUCUAAUCAACUGCCAAAAUAUGAGAGGGUAAAAGAAUUAUGCCAACAAGCGAGAUACCAGACAGCCUGUGAACAGCCAGGACAGAAGUGGCAGUGCACAGAAGAUGCUUCUGGCAAGCUUCGAAUUCACAAGUGCAAGGUAUCCAGUGACAUGCUGGCUAUCAGGAAAAGGACCCGCAGCAUCCACUCCCGGGGAUACAGCGGUAAAGAUAAGGACUGCAACUGUGGAGACACUGAUUUCCGAAACAGCAGGACCCAAAGAAAAAAUCAAAGACAGUUUCUGAGAAACCCCAGUGCGCAAAAAUACAAACCACGUUUUGUUCACACUCGCCAAACCCGAUCCUUGUCUGUGGAAUUUGAAGGUGAAAUAUAUGACAUAAACCUGGAAGAGGAAGAACUGCAGGUGUUAAAGACCAAAAGUAUCACCAAACGUCACAAUGCUGAAAAUGACAAAAAAGCAGAGGAAACUGAUGGUGCUCUUGGUGACACGAUGGUUGCUGAUGGCACUGAUGCUAUAGGUCAACCCAGUUCUGUCAGAGUGACGCACAAGUGUUUUAUUCUUCCAAAUGACACUAUUCACUGUGAAAGGGAGCUAUACCAAUCUGCUAGAGCCUGGAAGGACCACAAGGCUUACAUUGAUAAGGAGAUUGAAGCUCUCCAGGACAAAAUCAAGAAUUUGAGGGAAGUUAGAGGGCACCUAAAAAGAAGAAAACCAGAUGAAUGUGAUUGUACUAAACAGAGCUAUUACAACAAAGAAAAAGGUGUAAAGGCUCAAGAGAAAAUCAAGAGCCAUCUUCAUCCCUUCAAAGAAGCAGCGCAGGAGGUAGACAGCAAACUGCAGCUAUUCAAAGAGAAUCGCAGAAGGAAGAAGGAAAGGAAGGGGAAAAAGCGCCAGAAGAAAGGGGAUGAGUGUAGCCUUCCUGGACUGACAUGUUUUACCCACGACAACAACCACUGGCAAACUGCACCUUUCUGGAACUUGGGAUCUUUCUGUGCUUGCACAAGCUCAAAUAACAACACUUACUGGUGCUUGCGAACAGUGAAUGACACCCACAAUUUUCUCUUUUGUGAGUUUGCAACUGGCUUCUUGGAAUAUUUUGAUAUGAACACUGAUCCCUAUCAGCUGACGAAUACCGUACAUACAGUGGAAAGAGGCAUUUUAAAUCAAUUACACGUACAGUUAAUGGAAUUGCGAAGUUGUCAAGGUUAUAAGCAGUGCAAUCCGAGGCCUAAGGGACUUGAAGCAGGAAAUAAAGAUGGAGGAAGCUAUGAUCCACACAGAGGACAGUUAUGGGAUGGAUGGGAAGGCUAACCUGCCCAAUUUCACUGGUGACAUCAACUGGCAAGGACUGGAAGACUUGUACAGAGUGAAUGAAAGUGUAUAUGAACACAGAUACAACUA